CUCGGCUGGCCUCGGCCGGCCUCGGCGGCCCCGCGCUCCCGGGUCUCUCUGGAAGGGGCCAGACCAGCCUGUCCCCCGACUCGGCGACUCCCGCACCCCACAUCCAGUUGGCCCUCUGGAACGGUCUCAGAAUUGCACACUAAUGCAACUGAUGACUUCCAGUUUCUUUUACGAAGAAGUCAGUGAAGGUUAAAGGUUAUUGUACUUGGCCAGCUUUUUUUUUUUUAAAUUAAUUAAUUUUUUUUUUUUAAAUCACUGGUGUAGUGCAACAACGAUGGAGUUCAGGGAUUCCACCCUAGGGUUAACAGCAUGGGGAAUGGUGCCAGUUCGUCGUUUCAAGAUGAUGAGUAGUCGUUUGAAAAUAGUUCCAUAGGUAGGCCAGUGACAUGGCCCGGCAGGUAAAGCCACUUGCUGCCAAGCCCGAUUAUCCGAGUUCAACCCCUGGAACUCUAGUGGCAGAGAGAACUGACUACCACAAGCUGCCCUCUGACCUCCACACAUGUGCACCUACUAUCUAGCUACGGCUGACCUGAGACUUGUUGUUUAGACUAGGCCGCCUAGAAUGCAGAGGUUUGUGUGCCUCUGCUUUCUGAGCCCUGGCAUUAAAGGAACGUACCACCACGCCCAGCAGACUGAACAUUGAAAGACUUCAGCCAUGACUAAGAGAGAAGCAGAAGAGCUGAUAGAGAUUGAGAUUGAUGGAACUGAGAAGCCAGAGUGCACAGAAGAAAGCAUUGUGGAACAGACCUACACCCCAGCUGAAUGUGUAAGCCAGGCAAUAGACAUCAAUGAACCAAUAGGCAAUUUAAAGAAACUACUAGAACCAAGAUUGCAGUGUUCUUUAGAUGCUCAUGAAAUUUGCCUGCAAGAUAUUCAGCUGGAUCCAGAACGAAGCUUGUUUGACCAAGGAGUGAAAACAGAUGGAACUGUACAGCUUAGUGUACAGGUAAUUUCCUACCAAGGAAUUGAGCCAAAGCUAAACAUUCUUGAAAUUGUUAAAACUGCGGAAACGGUUGAAGUGGUCAUUGAUCCAGAUGCCCACCAUGCAGAAGCAGAAGCACAUCUCGUUGAAGAAGCCCAAGUGAUAACUCUUGACGGCACCAAGCACAUCACAACAAUUUCGGAUGAAACCUCGGAGCAAGUGACGAGAUGGGCUGCUGCACUGGAAGGCUACAGAAAAGAGCAGGAGCGCCUCGGGAUCCCCUAUGAUCCUAUACAGUGGUCCACAGACCAAGUCCUGCAUUGGGUGGUUUGGGUAAUGAAGGAGUUCAGCAUGACUGAUAUAGACCUCACCACACUCAACAUUUCGGGAAGAGAAUUAUGUAGUCUCAACCAAGAAGAUUUUUUUCAGCGGGUCCCUCGGGGAGAAAUUCUCUGGAGUCAUCUGGAGCUUCUUCGAAAAUAUGUUUUGGCAAGCCAAGAACAACAGAUGAAUGAGAUAGUUACAAUUGAUCAGCCUGUGCAAAUUAUCCCAGCAUCAGUGCAAUCCGCUACACCAACUACGAUCAAAGUUAUAAACAGUAGUGCAAAAGCAGCCAAAGUACAGAGGUCCCCAAGGAUUUCAGGAGAAGACAGAAGCUCACCUGGAAACAGAACAGGAAACAAUGGUCAGAUCCAACUGUGGCAGUUUUUGUUAGAACUUCUCACUGACAAGGAUGCUCGAGACUGUAUUUCUUGGGUUGGUGAUGAAGGCGAAUUUAAGCUGAAUCAGCCUGAAUUGGUUGCACAAAAAUGGGGACAGCGUAAAAACAAGCCUACAAUGAACUAUGAGAAACUCAGCCGUGCGUUACGGUAUUAUUAUGAUGGGGACAUGAUUUGUAAAGUUCAAGGCAAGAGGUUUGUGUACAAAUUUGUUUGUGACUUGAAGACUCUUAUUGGAUACAGUGCAGCAGAACUGAACCGCUUGGUCACAGAAUGUGAACAGAAGAAACUGGCCAAGAUGCAGCUCCAUGGAAUUGCCCAGCCAGUCACAGCCGUAGCCUUGGCUGCUGCCUCUCUACAAACAGAAAAGGACAAUUGAGACCUAGGACCUCCUGGGAGUCUAAGGCUUUUCUUAAAUAUUCAGAGCAAGCUUGGCUCUAACCUUUAUUACUGAAUUUGAAUCUUAUUUCUAGACUGUACAAUCUGAUGCAUGAUUUUUUUAUAAAUAUUUCAUACUCUUGUGAAUUUGGAUCUUUUUACUUUGAGCAUAUAUUUUAGAAAAUGUAUGUUAAAGGAUCCCCACGAUGCCUGAAGUGUGAGAGCAGGUUCAUCAUGGGGUAGUUUGCUAACAGUCAGGAAAGCUAAACUGGUCAGUAUUAAUGUCUAGCCCUACCAAAACCAGCCAGUAGCGUCUGCAGAUGACAGUAGGGAGUGUCUCCAGGAAACAGCCACCGGUGUAACCAUCGCUGGAGUGAAGAAGCUGUUUCCUCUCUGCUGCUUUACAUAGAGCCCGAAAAAGGAAGUCCUCAGCUAAAGCAUGUGUGCCUGUUUCAUCUAAUCAAGCAGAGCUAAAUGGUCAUAUCAAAUACCAUUAUAUGGAUAAUUACUAAACUAUCAGGUUAUUAAUUUAUAUAUUUGCAAGUAAAGAAUAAGUUAACUGGCAGAAGAGAGUGUGGAAUGAGACCCAGGUUUAAAGCUGGCUUAACUCAAGUCAUUAUUAAUGGUUUUCUGUAUAGUUUAUUCAUUAUGUCAGGACAAGGACUUAAAUUAUUUUGAGAGAGGCGUUUAAUUCUAAUAAACCAGCUAUUGCAAAAAUUCCAAGAUGAUAUCAUUCUUUCUCUCAGAUUUAAAAAAAGUAUACCUCAGCAAGAAAAUAAAAAUUUGGUUUAGUUUAACUUCUUUUUUUAAAUUAAUCUGUAGUACCAGAUUAUUAUGCAACACCAUUUAUAUAUUCAUUUCUGUGUUUCUGAUAAAAUGACUUGAGAUCAGACGAAAGUACUUAACGUUUGAAGAUGUUAGUGAAUGACUUGUGAACAGUUAUGAAAGGAUAUUUGCCUUGGCGCUGUAGGUGAUCUUUAAAUAAACUUCCCCACUUGUUUCAUCUUUUUUCCUUUUGAAUAUUGCAUAUGUGUCUCUAAAAACAUAAAUGGCCAACUAAUCACUUUCUGCAUGUAUGAAGACAUAAAGAUAUUCAAAAGGGAGACUAUUAUUUCUAAAAUCUUUAAAUAAAUCUUAUAUGAGAUGCCUUACUGCUUGCUAACACUAAGAAGAAAAGGCUAGAAAAAAAUCUUUUUUGUUUUAAAGUAUUUUGCAUAAAUCAUGAUGUGAGAGACUAGCAAAUAGUUUUCAAAGCAGAAAGGUGUUCCUCAGAACAGUAUAAGGCUACUUUAUACACCCCUCUCAUUUUGUCCUUUGAAUUCAUGCCAGAAACGGCUGUAGACGAGCCCAUUGGGUGUUGACCAGCAGGGAAAGCACAUGUGACUGCAGCCAUGAUGUUGCCAGGACUAAGCAGUGGCUGGGCUUAUGAGAAAGGACAGGAAAGAAGGGUUGCUCAUCUCCUGCAUCAUCCUUUCCACUGCUGUGCUGUCAGUCUUCAAGGAUGGUUAGUUUGCUUACAUUAAGUCCUUUAAGAUUCUACAGUAAAUACUUAAAAACAAUUCAAUUGUAGUUUUAUUUUAUUUUUAGUGAAGAGCUGGCAAGUAUCAAUAUAAUUUAAUCCCCGUGAUUUUAAGAAUAUCUGAGUAUAAAAAUGGUCUCGAGGCCCUAACUUCAGAUAACAAUUUAGUAGCUAUAAAGAGGCUCUUCUCAUCUUUUCAAAGCCUGGAGAGCCAUAAUUCACUGUUUCAAAGCAGGAUAUUUCCAUAGUACUUUGAGAGCUUGAGAAUCUUACAGUUAAAAUGUCUCAGAGACAUGGUGUUGAGGACAGGCUUUAUGUUUCAUUUGUUUGUUUUUAAGGAACAUCUGUAUUUCUAGGUCCCUAAAAUCUUAUUAAGCAUUUUCAAAUGCAUUUAAAAAAAAAAAAAACUACAUUCUGUAGAUGUUCUUUCUUUGGUAGCUUUUGUUUUAGUCGUAAUUUGAACAGUUCUCAGACAUUAGAUGUUCGCUUCUCUCCACCUCUCGCAUCCUCCUAUGCACCUUCACACAGCAAAUGAGAGGGAUUUCUCCUUGACGCAAGCUUUAUUACUCUGUCUCCACUUAGAUAUAAAAUUGUUGUCUUUAUGAGGCCACAGUUUGCCAGUCUUUUAUUAAAAACAACUCACGUUCUGAAAGAAAAUAUUAAUUUGUGGUAUUCUUUGCUCAGUUUUGUCAUACUUUUUUUCAUAGAAUUUAAAAUACGGUCAAACAAAAAACAUAGAAUUGUUUGACCAUCUUUUGUACCUUGUAAGUUCAAGAAUAAUGAAAUGUUCAUUUUUGUUUUAAAACGAUUUUUCCAUGUGAUGUUUACAUUGAGCUCAUUUUAUACAUGUGCUAGCCUGAAGUCUGAACACUUCUGUUGGCAUUAGAAAAGUCCAGCUAGUUAGGCAGAAUUGCUGUAUGUGGUUGAUCUCCAUGUGAUGAAUUAACUGAUAACAUUCAUUUUGGUGUCAAUCCAUGUAAAUAAAUUAGGAAAAAUUAUUUAAUUUUUCUCCCCAGAUAAAUGGUGAUUCUUGAAUAUGGUUAUUUCUUUUAAGAAGUGUAUCCAAAUAUUUUUGGCGAGUUCUGUCAUUUUCUGCAUUUACCGUUUAUGCUACUGCCUUUUAUAAAGAACUAGUGUGUCCUUGAGAUAGCACAAAAAUGUUUUAAAAUUUAUAACUGCAAAACUAACCUGUGACUGACUUAAUGUCUUCAGAUCUAAGACUAUAAAAAUGUUGAUAUUUCAAUAUUUCACUUAUUCCCAGGAAAAAGUAUUCUCAGUCUUUUGUAGAAGGGAGAAUUUUUGCAUACAUUUUUACUCUUUAAAUAAAGACACUUAUACUAUCAUAAUAACAAUUAUGUAUUUCUUUGGUUUUUUUGUAAUUUUACAUAAAACAGUUAUUUUCUAUUUUUACUCAGAUAAAAAUAUUUGUGCAUAAAAUGUAAAAAUAGUAAAUGAGAAAAAUAAAACUAUUAUACAAUAAAUUCUUACGUUGAAA